AUGCACUCUUCUUCGUUGAUCGCUGCUCUUCUGUUCGUCGCGGCCGCCUCCCCCGCGAUCGCUGUUCCCAUCUCUCAAACGAAGGCUCAAGCUCGUGCAGAGGAUAUCGAUGCUCGUGCGCUGGGCCUUGGCUCGAUCGUCAAGGAACUUGGCCUCGGUGCUCUCAGUGGUGGAGCUCUCUCCGCCUUGAACCACUUCAUUGGCGGUGACUCGUCUUCCAGUCGUCGCGAUGUCAGCCCUGAGGAUCUCGCGGAGCUCAUGGAGGCUCUUCAAAGCGAGUCCGGUGACGGCGACAUCGAAGCUCGCAAGCUUUCCCUCGGUACUAUCGUAAAGGAGCUUGGCACUGGUGCCGUUACCAGCGGUGCCGUCGCCGCCCUCACCCACUUCCUUGGUAGUGGAAGCGACAGCAAGGCCAACAAGCGUGCGCUCGAGGAGCUUGAGGCUCGCGGCCUAGGGAGCCUUCUGGGCAAAUUGAUUCCAUCUGCUGAGGAGAGCCUUAGCAAGGUCCUCAAGAACAGCAUAGUGGGCGGCCUUGCGUCUGGUGGAGUUGUCGCCGCUGGAAGUGCCGCUUCCGGUAACAACAAGCGCGAAUUGUCUGAGCUCGAGGCUCGCGCCAGCAUUGGUCCAGCAUUGUCCAAGCUGGAGGCGUCUCUCGGCAAAGGCGUCGUGAGCACUAUCGUCGGUAGCCUUGCUGCUGCUGGUGUCUCCGUAGGUGCCAAAACCAUUAAGAACAACCUACCCUCCAGCCAGACACAGCGUCGCGAGUUCGACGAACUCGAUGCUCGCAGCCUUGGCAGCGCAUUGGGCAAGAUUCUCCCGCAAGCCACCGACGACAUCGUCACUGUUCUCAAGAACAGCAUCAUCGGUGGUCUUACUGGUGGCGCCGCUGUCGCCGCUGGCAACGCUGCCCUCGGCAAUAACAAGCAGCGCGACGUCGCUCACACCCUUCCCUUCGACACCAUCGACAUCGACCAGCUCAAGAACAUCCUCAGCAGCACUGUUGGCCCUGCAACCCUCCCUAUCGUCAAGGACAAGCGCGAACUCAAGGAUGACGACGUCGUCGCUCUCAAGAGCAUCAUCGACAACCUCAGAGUCGGUGCUCCAGGCUUCGCUACCCACGUUGAUGCUCGCGCGUUGGGCGCCACUGGCAAGGGCAUCCUGGGUACCGUCGCUGGCCUUGCCGCGUCGUCGGCAGUUGAGCCCAUCAUCGACGGGAUCAAGGGUCUCUUCGAUCGCGACCUCGAUGCCGCCCUCGAAGCUCGUGAGCCCCUUGGUGCCACCGGAAAGGGUAUUCUCGGCACCGUUGCUGGUCUUGCCGCGUCGUCCGCGGUUGAGCCCAUCAUCAACGGGAUCAAAGGUCUUUUCGAUCGCGACCUGGACACCGACUCCUUGAUUGCCUUGAACUUGCUUGCCAGCCGGGAGCUGAACGAGCUUGAUUAAUUGACGAAUGAGUGUUAACGAAUUCUUGACGACCAGUAAUCUAUGGAGCAUAUUAUCAUUAUUUGGGCAUGUUAUAUCGUUAUCUUGUAGGGUUCUUUGUGUUCCUCCUGUUCUGUAGUAGUUGGAACGAAUACAAAGGGUGUUUUUGGGAGCUGAAAA